CCUAACUGCAAUUAUUUAGUCGGCUGAUCCAUACGUUAACGUGUCGCCUCGAUUAUGGAAAAAAGAAUCUAACUAUGAGGCCAUUUUAGAUUUUUUAUCAAAUUCAAGGGACUAUACUAUAAUUUUCUUUUUUCCUUUUCCUUUUUGGUUUAUAUUUACCCCCGCUUGAUACUUGCUUGUUUUGCUGACCUUUUCAUGUUUGCUUUAUACUUCAGCUCUCUGAAGCCACUUCUCGUUUACCCGUUUCGCUUCGGGUAAACUUUGGUGUAUAAAUUUGGAAAAAAGAAAAAGUUAGAACAAAUUUGGGGAUUAAUGGAGGUUGAUCUUGAACCCAAGGUGUUAGACACUCCAUCUAUGACGGAGAAGGGAUACGGAGAAUUUGGGUGUUCACACUAUAGAAGAAGAUGCAAGAUCAGGGCACCUUGUUGUGAUGAGAUAUUUGAUUGCAGACACUGCCAUAACGAUGCCAAGAACUCAAUUGAAAUUGAUCCUUUUGAUCGUCAUGAGGUUCCUCGCCAUGAUAUAAAAAGGGUUAUUUGUUCCUUGUGUGACAGAGAACAAGAUGUUCAACAGUAUUGCAUUAACUGUGGGGUCUGCAUGGGAAAGUAUUUCUGUUCAAAAUGCAACUUUUUCGAUGAUGAUGUCUCGAAAAAACAGUACCAUUGUGAUGAAUGCUGCAUCUGCAGAAUUGGUGGAGCAGAGAACUUUUUCCAUUGUGAUAAAUGCGGAUGUUGCUAUUCUAUGAUAAUGAAGAACUCCCACAAGUGUGUUGAAAAAGCCAUGCACCAUAAUUGCGCUGUUUGUUUCGAGUUUCUCUUUGAUACGACAAAAGAGAUAACUGUCUUACCAUGUGGACACACGAUACAUUUGGAAUGUGUACGAGAGAUGGAACGACAUUCCCAGUAUUCAUGUCCUGUUUGCUCAAAAUCGUUUUGUGAUAUGACCCGAGUGUGGGAACGACUUGACCGAGAAGUUGCUUCAACAGGGAUGCCUCAAAUUUACCAGAAUAGGAGGGUUUGGAUUCUCUGCAAUGACUGUGGGGAAAAUUCCGAGGUUAAUUUCCAUUUUGUGGCACACAAGUGCCCGAUAUGCAGCUCAUACAAUACCAAGCUGACACGUGGACGCAUUGCUACGGGCUCAUCAGAGAUUAUGAAAACAGUUUGAUGAUGGCUUCCUCGAUGUUUAUUUCGCACUUCUCAGUUUCCUGUUUUAGUUCAAUCGUUAACUCUUAUGGAAUGGGUAAAUUUCACUUUGGGGCAGCAGAGGGUAGCUGGAAUAAUAGGUUUCUUUAUUCUUUGUUACUCAUCUCUGUAAGCUAAUCCGCUGCAACAUGCCAGCUCGCUCUGGAGCCGGGGACUGUAUUAGUAGAACACGUGAAACUUGUAAGAAUGCAGAUGCUAUGUAUUUGGAUCAUCGCUGGUGCUAAAUAUAUUCCACAUUUCCUAAAA